AUGAUCACUCGCACUCGGUCUCUAGCUCGGAGCGCUCAUUCGGACGAGCAAGUUCCUGCGCCUCGCCGAUCACGCCUGGACAGUCUGGUAAGUUCUGCCAUAAAGCGGCCGGGCAGCACCCCACCUUCCAGCUAUGCACCGUCCAGCUACUCGCAUGGUCAACACGAGGACGACUCGUACCCCAAUAUAUCUGUCUUCAGACAGUCGGGUCAGAUGGAAGUACACGUCCGGAGCCCUUCUGUCAAGAUGACGCGACCGCCAGGGCAUGAAGUACCGCGAUCCUUGCCCGUGUUCGACGUACACAACAAGAUACGGGGCACAGUCCUCCUGGACACAUCCUUAUCUGCCAGACCAGGGCGACUGUACAUUUCGAUGGAGGGUACUUUUGUCCAUAUUACCCCGCGGGCACCAGCAUCUCAGUUGCUUGGGAUGCCGGGUCCCUCUGGGAUGCAUCGACAUGUAUUCUUCUUUUCGACACAGACGCUGCCGCUUGACAAGACAAUCGGACCGCGUCGAUCCAAUUCAUCGCUUCGCGACGCCAUCGCCGCUAGUGUUCGACCUCGGCGAGAGCGUCGGCCGAGUCAGUCAGGCAUUGGGGGGACUCUCCUCCCCUUUCCCUUUUCCUUUGAGGCACCACCUCCAAUCAGACCAGGAGAGGAACUACCUCCUACGUUUUGCACAACGGUUGAAGGCUUGGCGGGCACACGAGCACGAGCAUUUGUUGAACGGUCUGAGAUAGUGUACAAACUUAUAGCGACCUGGGAGAGCAGCGCCGGGGAUGACCGCCUGGUAGUUGAAGCCCCAAUAAUUUUUGCUCCUGAGACGGACUUCGAAUCGCUAGAUGGCCGUUCUCUCGAGCCUGAAUCAUGGGUUGAGAUACCUCUUCGCUCCGAGCGACCUAUACCUUUCAGUUGUGCGGUAGCAAUCCCGGACGUUCCAUCAUUCCCCCGCUCUGCCUCUGUUCCAUACUACGUCGUUUUCACUACCUCACCACGUUCUCCGACCCUCGCACGUGAAAUAGUGCUCGACGCGACCAUUGCCGUCUCUGUCCAUCGUCAAAUCAACAUCGACACUUCACCUGCUUCGCCCUCCACCCCCUCACUCGCCUCACCCACCUCACCGCUCUCCUCGUCAUCUUCAAGCUCGGGAAGUGAUUUUGACUCCCCAUCGUCGUUCAUUCUCUCGCACAAGACAAAGCUCAUGAAGCGCAUGGUCCGCAGCGCGCCGCCGAUCAUCUCCCGCAAACAGCAGCUCAAGUUGACUGCCCCAGUCCCGCCCCUUCCGCCAUUCGUGGACGCUGCGGGGCGCGGCGGCACGGAGGGAUACUCUGAGACACGCACACUGUUCACGGACGUCUACGCCGGAUUUCCGAAACGACCACGCAUUCGUAUGAACCCCGGCCAACAGCACCCGUCCAUGACGGCCCUUACGCUACUCCCCGAUGGGCUAUACAAGUCAAAGGUGCAACUCAACAAAAACAUGGUACCCUCCAUUGGAUGGACAGAUCUCAGCGUAAAGUAUUAUCUGGAGAUCUCGGUGUUGUUUGGGCAAGAUGAGUCCCGGGCGAGGAUACCUAUUCGGAUUGUUUAA